AUGGCGCGAUCCUCAACAUCUGGCAGCAGACCUGGCCCUCCACCAUUGCCGCCCAACCGCGCUUCGAGUACCAGUAGGCCAAAAUCCCGCAAUCUAGUCGCUUCCCCAGCUGCUCCAGUACAUCCCUGGUCUCACCGUCCGACUCCGUCUCGGUCAUCGGCCUCCGUCUCUGCUAGAGGCAGUGCCCAUCCUUAUUCACGUGCUGACGAGCGCCUAAGCUACCAUCACGCUCCUCCCGCGGGCGCGGCUCAUCCGCAUGUCCAUCCGUACUAUGGCGCCAGUCCCAUGCCUGAGGUGAGUCACAACAGCUGUGAAGUCAGGUUGCCAUCACAAGGUGGGCUGCUUAACGUCCAUUCUGCCAUCAUCAGGCGGUCGCUAGAGCGUACGAGCGUCUCGUGUCUCAGUCGCCCGCUCCAUCGGAUCGCAUGGGGUAUGGUCGCUCGGUGUCUGUUGUCUCAUAUACCGACGGAGCAGGUGUCGGACAGUCAGCAUUCUAUGCGGCGCAACAUGAUGCUCCCCACCGCGCACACGCUCAGUAUGAGGUCCGCUCGCAUCCUGCAUACGCUUUGGCCAUGA